AGUCAGGGACACUGGUAAUACUGUAGGAAAAUUAACAAUACUUUGUCCACUGGAGAGACGUUAGAAAGGUCACAGUGUUGGAGAGACAGCUGGUGCUGGUAUAAAUGUGUGAUGGAGACUGCGUUUCUCACCUGUAUGCUUGUUUCUUCAUUUGUGGUGCAUUCCUCUCGUGUCAGCAACACAGAAUGGAAUGAUGUUGUGGUGGCUAGAGAGGGUUUGCCUGCCACCUUGGUCUGUACUGAUACAACAGUGAGAGGUGCUGUGUCCAUAAACUGGAUGGUGAAGUCACUUCAUGGUGCCAGUGAAUGGAAAUUGGUUCUCUCAGCUAAUGAAAGGAAGGAGUUCUCUGGUGGCGCCUCGAAGGCAUCCAUGCGACUGACUGACCCAAACUUUCAGGAUACUGGGGUUUUCUCUCUGAUGUUUUCCCCCAAAAUGGAGGACGGAGGUCUCUACUCAUGUUUGAUCAAGCAGCAGGAGAGGAAACUGAAAGAGAGGAUUAUCCUCCUAGCUAUCCUUACAGUCUCCAUCCUCCCAUCUCCGGUCAUUCCUCAGUAUAGCACCCUACGUAUGAACGCCAGUGUUUAUCCCAACAUUGCCAUCACCAAAAUUACUUGGACAUCACCUGGAGGCUUGUUACUGAAGAGUGAGAAAAUAGCAAACGUGGCCACAGUGACUAAACGGCCACGGGUCCAGAGCAGUGAUGGUGGAAUCUACGUCUGCACAGUUUACCCCUGGGGUAACAGCAGCAGCACUCAUUUUACAUUCAAUGUGAACGUCACCAUUGCUGACAAAGUUGUCUCAUUCGUUGAUGUAAAGCACUACCAUGAGAUCUCCACUGCCACACAGGAACAGAUGUCCUUAAACCUGAAGUGUCCUGAUGUCCAGGGCGACUUUGUCCAGCUGUUCUGGACACCUGGAGACAUAAGUAAAAUGGAGCGUGUCUAUGAGUAUGAUCGCUGGAGGGAUUCCAGCUUUAUGAAUGAGAAGAGCAGGAGACUCAAGCUCGCUGGCCCACCCUAUAACGCAGAGGCUGGGAGCUUCUCCUUUCUGCUCACGCCUGACGUCAGUGACGGCGGCCUCUACGCGUGCGAGGUGUUCGAAAAUGACAAUCCUUUCAGUCAGAGGACAGUGCUCAGCGUGCUGAAAGUUAAGGCCAGUCGUUCAUCCUCAAGGCUGGAGUUGACGUGCAAGUACUCUGCGGUGCCCCACGUACAACGUGCCAUCUGGACCUACCAGGACAAAAAUCGGCGUCUGGAGUGCUCGAGUGUUACACCAGGCAUCAUCACCACCUCUGUGCCCUUACCAGUCACCUCUGACACAGCUGGAAACUACACCUGCACCAUAAAUAUGAAAAAAGGACCGACCAUUUGGGCAACACACACUGUCACACUGCCCCCUAAAGAUGGGGAAAAGGUGAAUGUCGGUGUUGCCACCCCCUCCAUGCUCCCUUCUCUCUCUGCUUUAUUACUCCUGGUGCCCCUGGUUGCUGUGGCUGUUGGUGCGUUGCUAUGGAGACAGAAACUAAUUUCUGAUCGCGGUAUUGAGCAGUCUCUGUCUGUCCCCUCUGGUGAAGUAGAGAACAUCUAUGAGAAUCUUGAUGAUGUCAAACAGGCUCCUCCCCAGGGCUCGGUCUACAUGGAUUUGAAGCCAAGAGGAGAGGAUGAUGUCUAUAAGGAACUGGAGCGAUGCGAGGAGUGUCAAAGCUGAUCACCUACCCACAUCUCGUCCUCAUGCAGCUGUCACAUCUGCUCAGUUCCAAUCUGCAACAGAAGGGCUUUAUAAACAAUAGUUGCAACUGAAUGUAUGAGUUAGUAUAUUGUGCUUCAGGGGAAACACGGCUCACUUGUUUUCUCAUUGUUACAUACUUAGCUAUUGUUCUUUAACUUAUCAUUAUUAUUAUUAUUAUUAUUAUUAUUAUUAUUAUCAAUAAUGCUUUUUUUAAUGUCAUGCUUUGAGAAGAGGAGAGAGAUUUUCUCUCAAGGCUCUAAAUUGUUCCUUAUGUGUUUCAGUCUCUGUAUUAUAUUGUCCAGAUCUCAUUCUUUUAUUAUGUAGGAGAAGUUUUUUAUUGGGUGUUUGAUGUUUUUAUGCAUAGUCUGUGAUUCAUAAACCAGACCAUGCUUAGCAUGUUGUCUGUUUGGAGAGAGAUGGGGGAACUGGAACACACUGACAGAGGUUUAUGGCAAAAACCUGUUUACCUUUUCCAAAAAUGUUCUGUACACAGGCAGUCAGUCAAAAAUGGGAAAAGUACAUUGUGCAUGUAUGAAUGUUGUGUUCUGCUUGACCUCUGAAAAUAUUCUUUUAAAAGGGCUCCAACACAUAUUCUCUGCUGUCCCCUGUUCACAUCAGAUCAAUGCAUAAAUGGUGUCCUGUUCUCCAAUCCCCAUUUCCAAACAGACAAUAAGCUGAAUGCUAUCAAAUGUAUAAAACCCACUGACUGCACAUAAGAACCUCAUACACCCCUGCUUAAAAAAAAAUACUAUCCUUUGAAGUAUUUAAUGGCAAGUGUAUUAUACAUCUAAGGCAAUUUUUAACAGUCAACAGUUGUGGAAGAAUUCAGAGGCUUUAGAUAAGUACAAUAAUACAGCACUUGUAAUAAUAAAUUUUCUCUUUCAGCCAAAUUAAAUAUUUAGCGUAUGUACAAUGUA